AUGGCUGCCAGCUGUAUGGUGUGGACUGCAGCUAUUCUGAAGAUCCACGAGAUCGCACUUCCCGUGGACAAGGAAGCGAAUACACUCCAUGCCGUGAUGCAGCAUGCGAUCCAUGUCAGGGGUCUGCCGCCCAGGCCGCACGCCUUAGCCGUCAAGAAUCUCCACGGCAUAGUUGUUUCUCCUCCCAAUGUCUCAAUGCUCGACAUGAAUCACAUUCCCGAGGACAUCGACAGUCUUAAAGAGGGUUUCAUCGCCGUGACAACAAAUUGGAGGUACAAGGAGGUACUUGCAUCCAAUCUUAGACGACUUCUGGCAUCCCUUACAACAGUCGAUCACUACUUAAGACAAGCCGACCAUGGGCUGUUCGUUCAGAGGGUCAGUGCGGCCGGCAAUGAUCAGCUACUGGGGAACAUACACCCAUCCAGUACUAGACAUCUACCAGGCAAUGGUCUCCCGCAAAACAGCGGUAUUGCCCAGAGUGAUGGAGCCAAUGACCAAGCCCUUGGCGAUGGUCACAGUCUAGAUAAUGGGCAAAACGUGGGAAGCAGUCAGGCACUAAGCAAUGGCCACGUACACAUCAACGGUCAAGCAUAUGAUAGUGGCCAUACAGUGGGAGUCGGUCAUACAGCCAGCAGCAGCCAAGCGCUGAGUAGUGCCCAUGCCCAAAGCAAUGGUAAUGGCAAUGGUCCGUAG